GGCAUUACGUUGCACAGCAGCAAGCGGCCGCUGACAGCGUUCGAACUUUUUAAAGGCAGUAGUUACUAGUAAGUUGAGCUCGGGCGAUGUGUGGUGGUCAAAGUUAGAGUGGUCCGACGUAGAGCAGGGUGCCCGAUAUGGACAGGAUAUUUCGCGGUAUAAUGAAGUACAGACGGACGAACAGGGCGAAGAUGGUCGAGCAAUUCGUCCAGGUGAAAAACAACCCGGAGCCUAAAGCUUUAUUUUUCACUUGCAUGGACAGCCGUAUGUUGCCUGCUCGAUUUACUGAAACCAACAUUGGUGAUAUGUUCAUUGUUCGAAAUGCUGGAAAUUUGAUUCCACAUUCGCAACAUUUCCUAGAUGAAUAUACUACAUGUGAACCAGCAGCCUUGGAACUAGGAUGUGUACACAACGAUAUAAGGCAUGUUAUCGUUUGUGGGCAUUCUGAUUGCAAAGCAAUGAACUUGUUGCACCUGCUCAGGGACACGGAAUUUGCUAGCAUCGACAACCGCCGGAUGUCGCCGCUUCGAUCAUGGCUCUGUACGCACGCAAUAUCAUCUUUGGAAAAGUAUCAACAGCUGGAAGCAGCCGGCUUCGACACACCACUCAUUUUUCAGGCCGAGACACCCUUACGCAGGAUCAUUGCUUACAUUGAUCCGGAAGACAAGUUUUCCGUUACAGAUAAGUUAUCACAGGUUAAUACCCUACAGCAGAUGCAAAAUAUUGCCAGCUACGGUUUCCUUAGGAAACGUCUAGAGGCGUAUGACUUGCAUAUACACGCUCUUUGGUUUGAUAUAUAUACCGGGGAUAUAUACUAUUUUAGUAGACAGAGCAAAAAAUUUGUUGAAAUUAACGAAAAAAACGUGGAUAAACUAGUGGAAGAGGUUUCUAAGUACUAUUGCUAAGAUUAAGGUGAAGUUUAUACAUCCUUCGACCAUACACAUAUACAUACACGUACGCACACACGAAUACUUAACUUAUUGGUGCUUAAGAUUCAAGACUAUUUAAAACAGAAUAAUUACUAAUUAAUAUACUAUUUUGCAUACAUUCCAAAACGAACAUUCCAACUAAACAAUAUACACAUUACCGUACUUAUUUUUAUUUUAUAAUUUUAUAUACUUAACUGUUAUUGUUAAUUUUUAAUCAAAUAAUUGAUUAUGAAUCUCCAUAUUAUUAUAUAACGUUAUUUUUAUUUUUCAUAUAUUAUAUGUAUUUAUUGUUUUUUAAAUUGUUGUAAUUGUUUGAAUCAUAGGCGGAUAUUGGGGGGGGGGGGGCUUAAGCCCCCCCUGAAUGUAACAAACCACACUAGAUGUCAAAAUAAAUUGUGUAUUUUAAUAUACCUAUAUAUACUUGAUGCCUCUGCUAGAAUAAAGUAGGAGUACUGAGUAGCCACUAGUUAGUAGGUUGAAGCGUUUAAAAAUGUAUGUUUACGCUAAUGGAUAAGACAAAAAUGUUAAGCCCCCCCCCCCACGGAUAUUUGACCAAAUAUCCGCCUAUGGUUUGAAUUUUAUCAUAUUUGUGAAUAUUAUUUUGUCACCAAUAAAAUACAAGAGAAAUGA